CACCACAUUCCUAUAGCUUGCUCACCAUUACCUCCCCACACAUCCAGUAACUAUGGCCGCCACAAAUCCUUCCUACUACCAGAGUGGUGUUUGCCAAGAGAUUAUGCAGAAAGAGCAUCUCUUCCACUUAUACAUGUUCCAGCAGCUAGAAGGAACACCAGAUGCUAACCAAAAAGUUGUAGUGAAUCCAGGUCUUCCUAUGAUGUUUGGUGUGGUCGCUGCUAGUGACUGGGUCAUACGUGAUGGUCUCGCCACCGAUUCAAACCUUGUUGCACGUGCCCGAGGCAUGCAUCUCGGUUCUGGUAAAGCUGAGCAGAACUGGUUAAUGUGUUGCAGCAUAUCGUUCACUGACACCAGGUUUAAGGGGUCUAGCCUUAAGGUGCUUGGAGAUUUUGCUGUCGGCGGAGAUGGUUAUGGCCUAGAUGGUGAAUGGGCAAUCGUAGGUGGGACUGGAGAGUUUGCCCGUGCAAAUGGUGUUGUCCGCGCCAAAGAAAUCGGAGAUUGGCGUCGCAAUAACGGGCGUACCUGGGAGCUUCAUAUCAGUGCUUUUUGUCCGUGCAUCUCCAAAGUGACAAAGAUGGGACCUUGGGGUGGGAAUGGUGGAACAGCUUGUGACAUCCCAGAGCCACCUCGCUCUCUUCAAGCUGUGACAAUUAGAUCUGGUGAGGUGAUUAACUCAAUUGCGUUCUCCUACACUGACCGUACUGGUCAGAACAGAACUGCUGGACCAUGGGGUGGUGAUGGUGCACUUACUGCGACGAUCACGCUUGCUCCAUCUGAGACUAUAAAGCAAGUUCUUGGAACAACUGGUACUGUUGGUGGAGUUACCGUUGUUACGUCACUUACUUUGGUCAGCAACAUCAGGACAUAUGGGCCUUUUGGAAGAGCAAAUGGUUCUGCAUUCAGUAGCCAGGUUCCGGACAACAAAACCGUGGUAGGAUUCCAUGCACGUGCUGGGGCAGCGGUUGAUGCAAUUGGUGUUUACGUCGCCUAAAAAAGUUUACACCACACACAAAGUGUUGUUUAAGAAUCUUCGAGCAUGGCUUCGGUGGAGUCCAUUUCCAGCAUUCCAACAAUAAGCAGACGGACAUGGGUUGUUCCUGUCCUCAUCUCGUGUACUAUUUGUUUUCCUUUUGAUUGUGUGUGUGUGCUAGCGCUUUUCGCCAUGUUCCUUCUCAAAAAAUAAUGUUCCAUAAGAUCGAUGAUAAUGAGAUCUCUCUGUCCUUCAAUAUAGUAUGCAAGUUUCAUA